GCCUUUUGGCUUCCAGCUCGUGGUGGUGAAGGUGCAACUUCUUUCGGUCGUCCCGAAUCCGGGUUCAUCCGACACCAGCAGCCACCCCGCAGCAUCCAGGCCAAGCCUCUACCUUCGCUGCCGCCAUGCCUCCCAAGUUUGACCCUAAUGAAAUUAAAGUCGUGUUUUUAAGGUGCACUGGUGGUGAAGUUGGUGCCACAUCAGCUCUGGCCCCCAAAAUUGGCCCCUUGGGUUUGUCUCCCAAAAAGGUUGGUGAUGACAUUGCCAAAGCUACUGGUGAUUGGAAAGGGCUAAGGAUCACAGUGAAACUUACCAUUCAGAAUAGACAGGCCCAGAUUGAGGUUGUGCCUUCUGCUUCAGCCUUGAUCAUCAAAGCCCUAAAGGAACCUCCUCGGGACAGAAAGAAGCAGAAAAAUAUUAAACACAAUGGAAACAUCACUUUCGAUGAAAUUAUCAGCAUUGCUCGACAGAUGAGACACCGAUCCUUGGCGAGAGAACUUUCUGGAACCAUUAAAGAGAUACUUGGAACAGCCCAGUCUGUGGGCUGCAACAUUGAUGGCAGGCAUCCUCAUGAUGUCAUUGAUGACAUCAAUAGUGGUGCUGUGGAAUGCCCAGCUAAUUAAAAGCUACAAAGGAGACUUGCAAUAAAUUAACAUUUGACAACAGACAGAGGCUCUUCGUUUUUCAGUGUGGAAAAUUUUUGUGUCAGAAGCUACCACGAAUUCUGGAAAAUAACUUAACUUAAUUUCAUUAGCCCUUUUACUCUGCAAUAACUUUCAGCUACUUUGCAGUUCAUUUGGAGGAGGGAGGGUAGUGUUAGAAAAGCAGGGAAGUUGUUCAAACUUAGCAGGGGGGCUAUCAAUUGAGAGAAAACUGGUUGGGCAAGCCAAAUUUGCCCCAGCAGUGAGCAAAGUUUGUCGUCUUUGCAGACUAAUAGGAAAGAGUGUACCUGUUUGCCUUAAAAACCUUGAAUGUGGGGUAUUUUGGGGUUGAAGAGCCCCUCAGUACAAAGUCAGGACAGUUCAGUUAAUGACAGUAAUAGCUGGGACUCAGGAAUCAAGAAAUGGAGGAGAGAUUCUAAAGGAAUAAUAACCUUUGGCUCGAGAUUUUUGCACAAAUAGUAUGUGUGUAUUCUAAGUUAAUUGUACACGAUCAGCAAUGCAUAAACGUUUUGUAUUC